UUGCAUAACAUAUUAGGUCGUGAUAAAUUCUAACAUUUCAGCAAGUAGUCUGCAUAGAAUUUUAUAUACCUGCAUAAAUUUACCUACUUUUCGAAAAUCAUAUGCCUGAAUUUACUUAAGGCGUUAUAUUUACCCAUUAAACGUGAUAGUUACGUCGCAACAGUGGGCCAAUCACAGCACGGUUAACAAAGUCCUACCACAUGUGGAUGUCGCAACAUAUGUGCGAGUUACGGACGAUCACAUUUUGCCACAAAAACUGGCAUAUUGUGCAAUUUCAAAGGACGUUUUCCCGUCAGAUCUUUUACUGCCUCCUUGUUUGUACAAUAUAAAUUGUGUACAUGUUGAGAAGAGAUGGGAAAGAAGAAAGGGAAGAAGACCCAAGACCAGGACAUCGAUGUUGGCGAGGACGGCCCAGGUGCAGGGGCUGCAGAUAACAUCGAUGACCUGGUGGCAGAGAUCGAGGGAUCCGGACCGAAGGCCGCUGGUGGCAAGAAGUCCAAGAAGAAGGGAAAGAAAAAGGAUGAUGACUGGGAGGAUGACUUGUUAGAAGAGAUGGAAGCCCUCUCCAUGGGUGUAGAAGGGACCGGCAAACCAGCAGACAAACCCAAAGAACCACAGGAAGAAACACAGGAGGAGAAAUCUUCAGAAACAACAGUGCCUAAUGGAACAGUACCACAGGCUACAGACACACCUGAGGGGGACAAGGAAGAAGCAAAAGAAACAACUGAAAAGGACACAGAGGAAGCUGAGGAUACAGGUCCCACUGUAAAAACAGCAGCCCAGAAAAAAGCAGAAAAGAAGGAAAGAGAAAAGAAAAAGAAGGAGGAACAAAAGAAGAAAGAAAGAGCCAAAAAGGAAGCAGCUGCUCAGAAGGCUGGAGGAAAGAAGGAAGAAGAGACUGAGAAAACAGAAGAAGGAAAAGAUGAGGACAAGGCUGAGACUUCCAUUCCAGAGGAGGGUGCUGCUAAGGAGGAAGAAGGAGCAGAGGGAGAGGGUGCAGAUGAAGGCACUGACAAGAAAAAGAAGAAGAAAAAGAAGAAGGGAGAAAAAGAGGAAAAGGAGGAGAAAAGAAAAGGUCCCAGCAAGGCCAUGGUAAAGGCCAUGCAAGAGGCCCUGAGAAUAAAACAGGAGGAGGAAGAGAGGCUAAAGAGGGAGGAAGAGGAACGGAUCCGCAAGCUGGAGGAAGCAGAGGAAGCUCGUAGAGAACAGGAAAGAUUAGAGAAAGAAAAAAGGGAAAAGAAGAAACAGAAGGAAAAAGAACGUAAGGAACGUCUCAAGAAAGAAGGCAAACUCCUGACAGCGGCACAGAAACAGCAGCGUAAACGUGCUGAGGAGAUGUUGGAGGCUAUGAGGGCGCAAGGCUUUGAUGUUCCCAGUAAGGAUGAAAUCCAGAAGAAACCAGUCAGAUACGGUUCCAAGGGCAAGAACAAGAAGAAGGAGAAAGCUGCAGUGGAAAAUCAGGAACCCACAGUUCCAACAGAGGAGGCAAAAGAACAAGAAGAAGUAAAGGAUACAGCAGAGGUAACAGCAGAAGGGGAGGCAGUACAACAGGAGGAAGAGCAGGCAGCAGAGGGGGAGGAGGAGGAGGAGGAAGAAGAAGAGCUGGAUACCUGGGAGGAGAUGCUUAGUGAUGAUGAAGCAAAGAAAGAGGAAAAAGCAGCAGAGAAGGAACAGAAAGAAGCAUCAGAAAAAGCACCUGAUACCAAGGAAGCAGCACCUACAGUUGAAAAGGAGAAGCAAGUGUCCAGACAGGAAAGUAAGGAGACUGAGGAAGAUGAAGAGGAAGAAGAGGAGGAGGAGGAUGAGGAUGAUGAAGAAGAAGAAUCAGAGUCAGAAUCAGAGUCAGAAAGUGAAGAAGACCUCUGGGAAGCCUCUUUAAGUCCCAGAGAAGUAGCAAUGGCCAGAAUAGCGAAAAGAAAAGAGCAAGCAGAGAAGAAGAAGACCACUGACAACUUGCGUUCUCCUGUAGUGGUGGUACUGGGACAUGUCGACACAGGGAAAACUAAGAUCUUAGACAAGAUCAGACACACCCAUGUGCAGGAUGGGGAGGCAGGGGGGAUCACACAGCAGAUAGGAGCCACCAUGGUGCCUGUGGAGGCUAUCAGGGAACAGGCCAAGAUGGUCAGGAAGUUCUCAGAUUUCAACAUCAAGCUCCCUGGACUGUUGAUCAUCGACACACCUGGCCACGAGUCCUUUAGUAACCUGAGGUCCCGAGGUUCAUCCCUGUGUGACAUCGCUAUCCUGGUGGUGGACAUCAUGCACGGACUGGAACCACAGACUAUAGAGUCUCUCAACCUACUGAAGGCCAGGAAGACUCCUUUUGUUAUAGCUUUGAACAAGAUUGACCGUCUGUACGAGUGGAAGCCCAGCCCAAACACAGACGUUCGUGACACAAUAAAGAAACAGAAGAGAAACACUAAGGAUGAGUUUGAUGAGAGGGUGAAAGUUGCUGUUACAGAGUUUGCAGAACAGAGUAUGAAUGUGGCACUGUUCUAUGAGAACAAAGACCCCAAAACCUUUGUGUCCAUGGUGCCCACGUCGGCACACUCAGGAGAUGGAAUGGGCAACCUGAUGGGCCUGAUCGUGGAGCUGUCCCAGACUCUCCUGGCCAAGAGACUGGCCUUCAGUGAGAGCCUACAGUGCACAACACUAGAGGUGAAACAGAUCACAGGUCUGGGUACAACAAUAGACGUGAUCCUGGUGAAUGGAAGGUUACAUGAGGGGGAGACAAUCGUUGUUGCAGGACAGGAGGGCCCUAUUGUCACCCAGGUCAGAAGUCUGCUCAUGCCACAGCCACUCAAGGAGCUCAGAGUCAAGAAUAAGUAUGAGACCCACAAGGAGAUUAUUGGUGCCCAGGGAGUGAAAGUUCUGGCUAAAGACUUGGACCGGGCCUUGGCAGGGACUCCACUGCUGGUGGCUUACAAGGAAGAUGAAGUGGACAUCUGUAAGGAAGAGGUAGCCCGUAUCCUGAAGCAGACCCUGGAGACCAUCCGUGUACAGGAGAGGGGCGUGUACGUGCAGGCCUCCACUCUCGGGUCACUGGAAGCACUUCUGGAGUUCCUCAAGACUUCAAAAAUUCCAUUUGCAGGAAUCAACAUUGGACCAGUCCACAAGAAGGAUGUGAUGAAGGCCUCCAUUAUGUUGGAGCAUGACAGUCAAUAUGCAGUGAUUCUAGCGUUUGAUGUGCGUGUGGAGCGGGAUGCACAGGAGCUGGCUGACAGCCUUGGGAUCCGCAUCUUCACCGCAGACAUCAUCUACCACCUGUUCGACAGCUUCAUGAAGUACAGGGACGACAUGAAGAAACAGAAACAGGAAGAAUUGCGGCAUGUAGCCAUUUUCCCGUGCAAGCUGCGUAUCCUGCCAAACUGUGUCUUUAACUCCAGGGACCCCAUAGUUGUAGGUGUAAAUGUUGAAGCUGGUGUCGUUAGACAAGGUAGUCUCAUCUGUGUCAAGAAAGACGACAAGGUCCUUGACCUGGGCGUGGUGACCAGUCUGGAGGUGAACCAUAAGCAGGUAGACAUGGCCAGGAAAGGCUCCGAAGUCUGUGUCAAAAUAGAGAACCCUCCAGGAGAAACUCCCAAACUGUUCGGCAGACACUUUGAUGAAAAAGAUAUUCUUCUUAGCAAGAUAAGUAGAGAAGGCAUCGAUGCCAUCAAGGACUGGUUCCGAGAGGACAUGACCAAGACGGACUGGCAGCUGAUGAUCGAGCUGAAGAAAGUGUUCCAGAUCAUGUAGCCUGCCUCGUCACGUCACCCCUCCUCUGCUGCUCAGGAUGGCACAUGUACAGUCACAGGGUGAACUGGCAUCUAAAGUAAUAUGUGGGAUUGAAGGACAGAGAACAGUGGGAAGCAAAGAAUCCAUUCAUCUUACACAGGCAGUUCCUUCUGAGUGUGUGUGCAGAGAUGGAUGAGUUCUUUCACUUCAAACUAAGGAACAAUACUGGCAACAGUGAGAUUUGGUGAGGCCUAGGGAAAAAAUGUUGUGUUUCAUGUUUCCCUACCUACCCUAGAAAAACCUGUCGACCCUAGACUUUUUUUUUUAGGUGAGCAAUGGAGUCUCAUAGCUUCCAGUUAGAAUUUUUAUUUCGCUUGCUUCUUUUCAAGGUUAACAACUGCUUGUCCUAUCUAAUGAAGGAUAAAUGUGCAAAUGUUUCAACAUGUUUGUAAUCAUUAAUCACUAAUUAAAGUUUGACAUUGAAAAUAUAAGUGUCCUCAUGCAUUUCAGUUUUACUUCUUUUGGCCAAAGUCUUAAGAAAAAGAACUUAAAAGCAAAAAAAGAUAAUCCCUACCUACCAACCCUAUUUUUUUUCAUGACUAAAACAAGAAACAAAACAAAUUGUUUAUUUCCUAUGCCAGAGGAGGCAUUAUGGCCAUAUCAGUGGCUGUAUCUACACACUCUUGUUAAAACAAUAGAUCUGAUUGUAAAUUGUCAGCAUUGGUGUAUUUGCCACUUACAUGUAUGUUACAUUUUACUUUUGUUUGUGAUAGAUAGGGGAAACAAUUGACUUGAUAUUAUUUGCUACAUGUCGUGUAAUCAUAACCUUCUCAAUGCUUGAAAAGUUUGAGAUGGAAAUUCCCCCCUCACUGUAAAACAAAAGGUCUGAAAUUUGAAAUGUCUUACAGUUUCAAUCACCAAUCUUGGUGGUGAGGACCAAAUGUGCCACAACUGAUAGUCACAGUAAGGGUCUUUAUAAAGGCAGGCAUCAUUAUCAUUAUCUCACAGUAGUUCAGAAGGAAGUUAUGAAAAUCAUAUUGCAAUUGCUGCAGAAAGAUGCAAAAUCAAUAUUACAAACUUUUGCGACAUGAUUUGUUUGUCUGCUAUCCUUUUUUUCUCAGGCAAUUUCAUUCCAAGAUGCUCAAAACAUGCCUGAUAUUGCCUACACACUUUCUACUGUCAUUUCAUGCAUCCAAAAAGUUUUGCUGCACUGCAGUGGAAAGAAAAUGAAUGGAUGCCACUUUGGAAGCUAGAGUUUGUCAUAGCUGAAAAGAGUAGAGUAGCUUAAUCCUCUGAGUUUCUGAGAGGUCUGAUUGUUCUGGUUGUGUGGUAGGUUUGAGCCUGUAAAAUGUAUCUGACAACCACAAAUCCAUGGUGUAUUUUCAACCUUGUGGUUAGCUUUCCUAUUGUCCAUUGAAGAAAGGCCUUUGCAGUAAUUUUCCCAUUCUUGAAUAGGAGAAAAAAGGCCCAAGGUUAUAUUAUAGAUAGUGCAGCCCCCAAAGUGCCAAUGGUUGGUGUGUGUGGAAGCUCUUUUCAUUAAAAUAAAAUCUAAAGUACAUAGUUAAAGAAAAAUCUAGAAUAUCUCAUUCUGUCAGCUUGUAGCUUUGCUUUUCUCAUGUAGCAUGUAGAGGUGAAAAAAGGCACCUCUGCCAUUGAGUGUUCAAUGGCAAAUCCUCUUACGAAUCUCCCUCACUAUAAGUGUACAGUGCUUGUGGAUAUGCCUCAACAGAGAGCUGUGUCUCAUUGUGACUUAAUGUCAGGGGUCAGACCUCUCUCAGUGUACAUGUAUACCAUUAUGUACAGGCUUGCAGCUACAUUACUGUUGAGUAAGAGGCUUACAGUGUUAGUGGAUGUAAUCUUUAAUCUCUGCUGCAAAAGGGCUACCUUGUUGUUUGGGGGGUACCAACAUUACACAGUCAGUUUUGCUACAUCAUUUCUAAUGAAAUUUUGACACAAAUCCAUUGAACACAAACUUUACAGAAAUCCAUUGAACACAAACUUUACCCCUUUCAAAGCUUUGUUUAUCAGGUUUUGGGGAGGCUUGUUUGUUAAAGGAUCCAUAAAACUGAUCAUGAAACCAAAUGUAUGUGAUGAUAAAGGUGUGAAAGUAAAGAUACUGUCUACAUGUAUGUACCUUUCACCCUGACAUUUAUGUUCUCAAUAAUUCACUUCACUGCGCUUAGCUGUUUAAUUGUCUAUGGUACAACUCAGUUACCACUGUUCCAUAUGGCUGACCAAACAGCAUGUAUAAACAUGUGAAUACAUACCCAUGCUGCGCUGCUGUAUAGCAUGGUCUGGUCACGUGUAUGCUUAAUGAAUUAUAGGCAACAAUAAACACUAAAAAAGA